AUGCAUGAUGUUCAGGAUAUCUACAGCUUGAAGACACAGUUCACCAGAGACAAGAGGAUAAAGAAAUUCGACACUCGCCUCGGCACACUAUGGGACUCGCUGCAACAAUUGGCAUGGUCCUAUGACACAAUUCAGAUGUCAAAGAGACGUGUCGCCAAUCAGUUUAGAGAGUUGCAUGAACAUCUCAUGAUGAAGGAGCAGAGUCUCAAGAAGCAACUGGAUGAUGAGCUUGACAAGACCACAACAUCAAUCAACAACAUCAUCAAUGAGAUUGCCAAUAUCAAUGCACACGUCACCUACAAUAACAAUGUGAACGACUCCAAUCACAAUGAUGAUGAUGGCGAUGGAAUUGAUGUGAUGAGUACAUUGGUGCGAUCGAUUCAUACAUCAAAGACAAUGGAUCAAUUCAUCGACAAGCAGUUCAAGCUAAGCGACGAUGAUGGCAUGUGUGGUGAUGAUCAACUGUUGGACUUUGUUCGAAGAGCAUCACAAGCCACUCAGGCCGAUCAUACUGUCACCAAACCAAUUGGAAUCGAGUUUGAUUCAUAUUUGUUGGAGAGAGACUUCAGGGGACUCAUUGAUAAAUACAUCAUUGAGAAAACACCAAUAAGGAUUGGACAUGGCUUCCGGAAUCACAUCUUCUCACUGAGGAAGGAUUCGUGUUCGAUGCUCUCAUUGGACACUGGUGAAUGGACUGUGAUCGAUGACAAGUGCACACCAAGAUUUGGCAUACUCAGAUCGGUUGUAUAUGCACGAGACAGUGUCUAUGUGUUUGGAGGUCAUGGCUCACCCAACACAUACUCUCGAUUCUCACUCAUCGAUCAAAAGUGGCACAAUGACCUCGAGAUCAUCGGUGUCGAUGGAGGAAGAAACAUAUCAACCUGCUUCGAUGGUGACAAGCUCAUCUAUCUUGUCGGUGGAUUCCACAAUGACAUGAUGUUGCAUCGAAUUGAUUGUUUCAACAUUGACACUCAACAAUUCUCAUCAGUUGGACGAUUGAGUGUGCCAACCAGAGCAUCACACUCAUUCUUCCGCAACAAUAUGAUCGUUAUCGUUGGUGGAAAUGUUGAUGCCGAGGAAAUGUCACGUCCUCCUCAAGACUGA